AUGAGCGGUGAGACCUCAUCCAAGCUGGGCUCGACCCUAGCUAAGGGCCUCGGUAUCAAGGUCGCCUACAGAGACCCUCUGGGUGCGACCGCCGACCCUGUCACUAGAGGCGAAUCGACCUUUUCUAUGGGUACCGCCAACACAAAUCUAUACAACGAGCCUGAACCGACAAGUUGGGAAUGGAUCACCGAAGUCCUUCCGACUCCUCGUCAAUUGGGUAGAUACUUCAUCAGCUUGUUCCCCUUCCUCACUUGGAUUACCAACUACAACUUGCAAUGGUUGUACGGUGAUCUGAUCGCCGGUAUCACCGUCGGUGCGGUCGUUGUGCCGCAAGGUAUGGCUUAUGCCAAGUUGGCAGGUCUGGAAGUGCAGUAUGGUCUCUACUCCUCGUUCAUGGGAGUUUUGAUUUAUUGGUUCUUUGCCACGUCUAAGGAUAUUACCAUCGGACCUGUGGCCGUUAUGUCGACUCUUACUGGAACUAUUGUGCUGGAUGUACAGAAAACCUACCCUGAUUACCCGGCUCACCUGAUUGCUUCUUCCCUGGCUAUCAUCUGCGGUGGAAUCGUCUUUGUGCUGGGUAUCUUCCGCCUUGGAUUCAUCGUCGAUUUCAUUCCUCUUCCGGCUAUUUCCGCCUUCAUGACUGGUUCCGCCCUGAACAUUUGCUCCGGUCAGGUGUCAACCAUGCUGGGUGAGACUGCUAAGUUCAGCACCCGCGGUGCCACUUAUGAGAUUAUUAUCAACACGCUCAAGUACCUGCCAACCUCGACUCUGGAUGCCGCUAUGGGUGUCACAGCGUGCGCUAUGCUGUACAUUAUCCGCUCUGCAUGCACCUAUGCCGCGAAGAAGCAGCCUCACCGGGCCAAGAUCUGGUUCUUCAUCUCCACGCUCCGCACAGUAUUCGUUAUCUUGUUCUACACCAUGAUCAGUGCCGCGACCAACCUGCACCGCCGGGACCACCCGGCGUUCUCUCUACUCGGAACCGUUCCCCGAGGAUUCCAGCAGGCCGCUGUGCCCACUAUGGACCGCUACAUUAUCAAGGAAUACGCUAGCCAGCUGCCCGCUGCAGUGAUUGUGCUCUUGAUUGAGCAUAUCGCAAUCUCCAAGUCCUUCGGUCGUGUCAACAACUACACUAUCGACCCCUCGCAAGAGUUCGUGGCUAUUGGUGUCAGCAACCUUCUCGGUCCUUUCCUCGGUGGUUACCCUGCAACUGGUUCGUUCUCUCGCACUGCUAUCAAGUCCAAGGCUGGUGUGCGAACUCCCCUUGCUGGUGUGAUUACCGCCGUUGUCGUGUUGUUGGCUAUUUACGCUCUGCCCGCUCUCUUCUUCUACAUUCCCAAGGCAUCUCUGGCUGGUGUCAUGAUCCACGCCGUCGGUGAUCUGAUCACUCCUCCCAACACCGUUUAUCAGUUCUGGCGUGUUUCCCCGCUUGAUGCCCUCAUCUUCUUCAUCGGUGUCUUCGUGACUGUGUUCACCUCCAUUGAAGAUGGUAUUUACUGCACCAUUUGUGUGUCGCUUGCCGUUCUCCUCUUCCGUGUCGCCAAGGCCCGCGGUCAGUUCCUCGGACGUGUCACCAUCCACUCCGUGGUCGGAGAUCACCUCAUUGAUGGUGAUGGAAAGUACGGAUCUCUCGCCAACAAGACCCCCUCCGACGACGAGGAGCACCACCACCGCACUAUCUUCCUUCCCAUCAACCACACCGAUGGCUCCAACCCUGACAUUCAGGUGGAGCAGCCCCUCCCCGGUAUCUUCAUCUACCGUUUCGCCGAGGGCUUCAACUACCCCAACGCCAACCACUACACCGACUUCUUGGUAUCGACCAUCUUCAAGAACACUCGCCGGACGAACCCCGCCGCCUACAAGAACCGUGGCGACCGCCCUUGGAACGAUGCUGGUCCCCGCCGCGGCAAGGAGGGCACUGAUGACGAUUCUCAUCUGCCCCUCCUUCAGGCCGUUAUCCUGGACUUCUCGUCCGUGAACAACGUCGACGUGACCUCCAUCCAGAACUUGAUCGAUGUGCGCAACCAGCUGGAUCUGUACGCCUCUCCCCGCUCCGUGCAAUGGCACUUCGCCCACAUCAACAACCGCUGGACGAAGCGCGGCCUGGCCGCCGCCGGAUUCGGAUACCCCACCCCGAUCUCCAACGAAGGCUUCCACCGCUGGAAACCCAUUUUCAGUGUUGCCGAGAUCGAAGGCAACUCAUCUGCUGCUGCCCAUGCCGAAAUCAUCAACAACCAACGCGAGUUGUCGCUGCACCACAAGACCGACGACGCAGAGCACGGUAUCAAGUCCGACCACAAUGCCGUCGAGCGCGAGACCCAUGGCGUCGAGAGCUCUGCUUCCGAGCACUCCGACGUUAUCCACGAAGACAAGUUCUACCAGGAUAUCACCGACAGCAAGGCUUACAACAGCCGUCGCAAGGUUGCGCUCGUGCAGGGCAUGAACCGACCUUUCUUCCACAUCGAUCUGAACGCCGCGCUCCAGAGUGCUUCGGCCAACUCUUCAGACGAGAUUCCUCAUAUCGGUUAA